GAGUGGUCGGAGCUCCCCCUGCUGGCCCACAGAGGAACGGCAGGCACACACAGUGCUGGAUGUUACUAGAAUGUGAGGCAUCAUCGCAGGAGCAGUCGCCGGUCCAGACCUGAGACAAGUGACAUCACUGGGAUAACUCGGAGCAUCACUACCUCCACCACCAUCAUCAUGACCCAGGGAAAGGUCACUGUCAGUAACAAAGAUGCAGAGAAUGGAGGGGGUAAGGGUGAUGUGCAGACCAGCGCCCCAGUCGCUGCUGAACCCCCUACUUAUGAGGAGGUCACAGCUGCAGAUGGAAAGGCAAAGUUUCUUCAGACACCUCCCUACAUGACCACAUAUCCCGGCUGGACACGCGAGGAUGCCGGUAACAGUCCUAGCUCCAGUAGCGGAGCCUAUUCUGGAGAUACAGAGAUGCUGACCUCAGUCUGCUGGGAUGAUGAGAAAGUGCGCAGGUCAUUCAUUAGGAAGGUUUAUUCAAUCCUUUCGCUUCAGCUGUUGGUUACAGUGGCAAUUGUGGCUCUGUUUACCUUCUCUGACCCAGUGAAGGAAUAUGUCCAGGCAAACCCUGCCUUGUACUGGGCUUCUUAUGCGGUUUUCUUUGUCACAUAUCUGGUUCUGGCAUGCUGCAGUGGACCCAGGAGGCAUUUCCCAUGGAACCUGAUUCUACUGGGUGUCUUUACUCUUUCCAUGGCAUAUGUAACUGGGAUGUUAUCAAGCUUUUAUGAUACCAAGUCUGUGAUCCUCUGUCUCGGAAUCACAGCCCUUGUCUGCCUUUCAGUUACCCUGUUCAGCUUCCAAAUCAAGGUUGACUUCACUUCAUAUCAUGGUGUUCUCUUCGUGCUUGCCAUGGUCCUGCUCUUCAGUGGACUGUCCCUUGUCAUCCUCAUCCCAUUCCAGUAUGUGCCGUGGCUUCAUGCAAUCAAUGCAGCACUGGGGGCUAUUGUGUUUACCAUGUUCUUGGCAUUUGACACCCAGAUAUUGAUGGGAAACCGGCGAUACUCUCUCAGCCCUGAAGAGUAUGUCUUCGGAGCACUCAGCAUUUAUCUGGAUAUAAUAUACAUCUUUUCAUUCUUACUCCAGCUGUUUGGCUCAGCCCGAGACUAAAGAGUAGCAGCUAGUAAUCACAUAAGUCUGCAACAUGUGCCUGCAAUACAGCCCAACCACCGAAAAUGUAUUUUUUUCAGCCUAGCAUAGAAAUCUAGACCACCGACAUUUCAGAUCUAUGUUUUUUACCAACAGUAAAAUUUAAUACAAAAUGCAAUCCAUGUUGUUUGAUAAGCGUUUUGCUAAUGUUAUAGAGAUUGUGGUAUAGUUUUAAAUGAGUAGUAACAUAUGAAUGCAUGGAAAUCAAACAAAUGGCGGUCACUAAAAACCCAACAAAAGUGGAGUCGCAAAUAGGUUUUAGGAUUAAUCUGUAGCGUUGCAUCCAUAUAGCAGCAUUUAACAGAAUCAGUAUGUAAUACAGACGACAGGCUCCUAAAGUUUGAAAUCCCAUGAGUAGAGGCUAUUUCCCCCUCUCCCCGACCCCCUAACUCUAACCCUCUGUUCCCGCAGCAUAACCCUAACCCCCCCCUUAGUUCCUGACCCUAACCCCCCCCCAGAGGUGCCUAAACCUAGCACCCCAUCCCUGUUGCCUAAACCUAACCAUCCCUAUCCUGUUGCCUGACCCUAACCCCCCUGGGGGUGCCUAACUUUCCCUCCCGCAGCCUAACCCAAACCCCCUGUGUGGCGGCUAAACCUAAUUCCCCCUUUCCUGUCCGUAAACCUAUCCCACCGGCUGUACUUACAAUCGGGAUACCGGUUGUCGGAAUUCCGGCAUCAGUCUCCUGCCCCUUUUGGAGUUCCGGCAUCGGUAUCUCAACAGGUGUCGGGAUGUCGACUGCAUCCCCAUUUAACAUGCGUUAAGACUGUAUCUGAAAAUGCUGAACUGGAAAAGCCAACGAGUACUUUUUGACCAUAACAGAUACACAUGAAGUUGUUACCAACCAGCAUUCCUUGGCAGAAACUUACUUGUUGAAGAUAGAACUGAAACCUAAUGUAUGUAGUUUCCAGCCACUGACAGGUGUGUAGUGUUACAUUUUCAAAUCACAGGAAAUUUAUCAACAGUAUUUAAAGGAUUUAGCACAUGCCUUAUAGCAUUAGUUGGUGCUUAGUUAAUAGAAAUGUAAUGUUGCUUUCUAAUUGUUAGUUAGUUAUAUACAGUUAUGUAUUUUCUUGUCAUCUGCACUGACCAUCACACCAGCACGAUAACACACAUGUGAGAUGAGGUAAUAAAUUCUAUGCAUGAUACUUAUUUUUGUAUCCCAUCUGAGCUAUGGUUACUGUGAGCUUAGCGCUGACAUGCAUAUUGAUAUAAUAAAUACUAUUAGUUCACCUUC